AUGCAGUCUUUGAAUGACGGUGGGCAGGGUUUCCUUAAUUUACCAGGAUCUGCAAGCUUACUUAACGACUUAGGAAGCAACAUCGUUUUGAGUGAGGCGGUUGAACGAAUUUUUGUUGGAAAUAAAUAUGCCGACGUAAGCCAGGGUAUCGUGUUGGUUCGUGGUGAAAACAUAUCUCUCAUCGGGGAGCUUCGAAGCGACUAUGUUGUUUCCUCCUCUUUGGAACGCGUUCCCGAGGAAGAAAUAUUCCGUUUGCAGGCAGAGUUUGUUGCUGAACGGAGAGAGGCGCACAAACGCAGAAUGGAAAUACUCGCUUCACGUGGAAUCCCAUGGUUGGAGCAAGAUUUCAUGGAUGAUAUGUGA